AAUUUAGAUUAAUACGAAUAUUCUAUAGAAACAGUAAGUGUGUCGUUUGUUUUGUUGUAAGUAACCUUUAAUAUAAAUAUUGCUAUAAUCGUCCAUAAAAAAUCAAUAUGGAUAAGAUUGGUAUCUUAUCUCACGGUUUUUCCAAAAAAUAUUUAUUUAACUACCUGUUGGUAAUCUGUAGUAGCCAUUCAAAAUUUUAACUAUCUUCAACUACUGAAAUAUCUUAAAUAUAUUCUUGAAACAUAUUGUUUCAUUAUUUAUUUGUGUGUAUUUUUUUUAAGAAUGUCAGUUUCUUGGACAACAGAACAGAAUAACAGAUUUCCCAAAUUAAACAAUGAUAAAGGAAUUGGACUACCAGUUUCGUCACAUCAUCGAAUGAUGACUGAUAAAAUAGGGCUCGUGAUUUUUGGAAUUGUGAUGAUAGUUUUAAUACCUUUCCUCGCAUACACUCUCUCCAAAUCAGAUAUACGUAGACUAAAUCAACCAUAUGAUAGUUGUGGUGAUUUUUGUGGUGAAAAUAAUGAGAACAUCGAUGGGGUAAAUUGUUCUGGCAAGGACUUAAGAGAAAAACCUUUCCUUUCUUACAAUAUUUGGAAUAAUGAUUUUAUUUGUUCAAAGAAAAAUAUGAGUUAUUUUUUUGUCAACACGGAUUCAUCCAAUAAAACUAAAAUAAUUUCGCAGUAUCUUUUGAAUUACGAUUUUGAAGAAUGGGACAAAUUUUUAAUAACAACUUUGAUAACAGGUGCUUUAUGUACCCUGAUCAUGAUUUUGUUCAGAUUUGUACCAGGCUUAAUAGUUUGGGGCGUCAUAAUUUUAGGUGUAAUUCUACUCUUUGUGAUAUCGUAUUUAUUUUGGUUUGCAAGUGUGUAUAACGAGUAUAAGCCAUCAUAUACGUAUCCAGCUAUAUUCUUUACCGUUUUCACUUUUGUAAUAAUAUUUAUUUUAUAUGCACUAUACAAGAAAAUUCAACUCAUUAAACUUCUAUAUGGAGAAACAGCCAAAGCAAUUUUUGGCAUACCAUUCGUGCUAUGUCUACCGGUGAUUACUUUUCUUAUUCAAUUUGCCCUUGUGGCGUUAUUGGUUCUAAGUCUGAGUUACAUGUUUACGGCUGGAGUUCCUGUAAGUUACGGAGACGACCGAUACAAAUUCGAAUUAAAUGAUGCUAUGGUCUUUACCAUAAUAUUUACUUGUAUUGUUGCUGCUUGGGGAUUAGAGUUUUUGGCAGGAUGUCAAUACAUGAUCACAGCCGGUAGUGUGGCUCAUUGGUUUUUCAAAAAGAAAACAUCGCGUUGUAUUAUUUUAACAAGUACUAUAAAUACUUUGAAAUUUCAUCUCGGUACUAUUGUUAUUGGGUCGGUAAUUGUAAUGAUAAUAAAUAUCAUUAAAUUCCUGUUGAAAAGUAUUGGAAAAUUAAAAUAUUGUUGCUGUGGCGCUUGCACUUGCUGUACUCCAACUACUUGCUCUCCUUGUUGUUGUGAUUGCCAGACUGUUAUAAAUAUUAUUAAAUAUUUAUCGAAAAAUGCAUAUAUUGAAACUGCAAUUCGAGGAAAACCUUUCGUAGCAUCGGGAAAACGAGCUGUCACACUUUUAUUCAAAAACGCAGUUAGUAUGAUUGCUUUAAAUUAUGUAGGGGAUUUUAUUUUGGCAAUAACACAGUUCGUACUAAUUGCCAUUUCCACAGGAAUCGCUUAUUUGUUCUUUAUGGAUAAGCCGUACCUUACAUUCAUAAGUUUUGUAAUCAACAUAAUUAUUGUUUUCGUACUUUUUUCCACUUUUCAGACUACAGUGGAUACUUUGUUUAUUUGCUUCUGUGAAGAUAAACUUUGUUCGAAUGGGGUUUCAAAACCGUACAGAAUGCCUAAAAAUUUGAUGAAGUUUGUGAACGAUUCACAAAAACUUUACAAUGAAAAACACUAAUUGUUUUAGUACUGAGUACUACAUUUUCUUACGUUAUUUUAAUACUAAUGUGAAAUCAAGCGUUUAUUAUUUUAUUUAUGUAAUAUAAACAUUAAUCCAAAAGA